GAAUUCCCCCUUUCACUAUACCGCCCAUCGUCGCCGUAGUCGCCACCAUGACGAAGCUGACCGUUGUGUGCCGCGCCGUGUCGAGCGGGAUCGACAAGCAGACGUGCGAGCUGACGUGCAUCGAGCGUCAGCCGAUCUCGUUGACGGUGGUGGAGGAGCAGCACCAGGCCUAUGUGCAGGUGUUCCGCGACAUGGCUGCGGAUGGCUACAACAUCGAGCUGAUCGAACUGCCGGCGCUGAACGAUCUGCCGGACUCGAUGUUCGUGGAGGACGUUGCGAUGCUGUACAACGAUUGUGCCGUCAUCACACGGCCCGGUGCACCGUCGCGCCGCCCGGAGGUGGACCCGAUUGUGGAGACGGUGAAGAAGGUGCGUCCCGAGAGCUACCGCAUCCAGGAGCCCGGCACGGUGGACGGCGGCGAUGUGCUGUACGUUGCGAACUCGAAGUACGUCUUUGUGGGCAAGUCAACCAGGUCGAACGACGCUGCGUUCGCGCAGAUGAAGGAGUACCUGGGCAAGCACCGGCUGGAGUGCGUGCAGUGCGUGGUGAAGGGGUGCCUGCAUCUGAAGUCUGCCGUGAGCUUUGCGUCGGAGGACACGGUGCUGCUGAACCCCGAGUGGAUCGACGCUGCGAUCUUCACGUCGCGCGGAUUCAAGGUGAUUGAGGUGGACCCGAAGGAGCCGGGCAGCGCGAACGUGCUGAGCUUCUCUGCGGAGAAGGACGGUAAGGCGCUGAGGACCAUCUUCUCUCCUGCCGCCUUCACGGGCACCGCCGCACGCAUCGCGGCGUUUGCGGAGGCGGAGACGAAGGCUGGCCGCCCGACGCGCCAGAUCCUGCUGAAGGUGGACGAGAUCGCGAAGGCGGAGGGUGCGCUGACGUGCUGUUCGCUGUUGAGCUACAGCGCCUAA